CACAAUACAAUCGUGAUAAUUUUUCUAGUAAAUGUUAAUAUUCUUUUUGAUAAUGUUAUUUUUUUUAAAUUCUUAUGUAUUCAAAGGAAAAAAAAAAUAUAUAGAUUUGGAACAAUUUCUCAAGUAGAUAAGAAUAAUAAUAUACAUGAAUCCGUAUCUAUUGUCGGAUAAUACAUUGAUAUUGCGAGCACACGAGUUCAAUAUUGUCCCACAUUAAUUUGCAAUAAUGACCUAAUGUUAAAUUGAAUUCUGGAAAUAACUAUUUAAUUUUAAUCAUUUAUUAUAGCCAAACAAAUUUUUUUAUCUUUGAAAAGGGAAGCGCAUAUAUGGAAAAAUGAUAUAUAGAAAAAUUAAUAUGAUAUCUAAAAAGAAGAAAUAUCUUUUCAAUUUGCUGUAUCAGGGUCAUCGAACUUUAACAUCGAAACAAGUUUUCGAACGCGAAUUAAAAUAUGGCGCUCAUAAUUAUGACCCAAUUCCUGUCGCUUUAUGCAGAGGGGAAGGCCCUUUUGUCUGGGACGUUGAGGGCAAGCGUUACUAUGAUUUUCUGAGCGGUUUCUCCGCAGUUAAUCAAGGUCACUGUCAUCUAAGAAUUUACAAAGCUUUGACAAAUCAAGCGAAACUCUUAACAUUAUGUUCAAGAGCACUUUAUUCGAACACAUUGGGAGAAUUAGAAGAAUAUAUUACAAGAAUUUUCGGAUAUGAUAAAUGGCUUCCUACGAAUACGGGAGUGGAGGGUGGUGAAACAGCUUGUAAGUUGGCACGGAGAUGGGGUUAUGAUCGCAAAGGUAUACCACAUUAUAAGGCGAAAAUUAUUUUCUCAGAAGGUAAUUUUUGGGGAAGAACAAUGAACUCGAUAUCUUCUGGCUCGAAUCCGACUUCUUUUCGUGGAUUCGGUCCUUUUAUGCCUUUCGAAAUCAUUCCAUAUAACAAUCUCUCGAGUCUUCAAAAAACUUUAACAGAUCCUAACGUUUGCGCUUUUAUGGUAGAACCUAUUCAAGGAGAAGCUGGUGUUAUCAUACCAAAGGAUGGAUAUUUAAGAGGAAUUAGAGAAUUAUGUACAAGAUAUAACGUGUUGUGGAUAGCUGACGAAGUGCAAACUGGUUUAGGGAGAACGGGGAAAAUGUUAGCUGUGGAUUAUGAAAACGUGAAACCGGAUAUUUUGAUUUUGGGUAAAUCUCUGUCGGGUGGUUUCUAUCCAAUAUCGGGUGUAUUGGCCAAUGAUUCUGUGAUGUUGACUAUAAAGUCUGGAGAACACGGCUCGACUUUUAGUGGCAAUCCUUUAGCGAGCAAAAUCGCUAUUGAAGCGCUUCGUGUGAUUUUAGAUGAGAAAUUAGCAGAAAAUGCUGAUAGACUUGGACAUAUUGUCAGAUCUGAACUUAAGAAACUUCCAACAAACGUGGUUAAUGAAGUUCGUGGAAAAGGUUUACUUAACGGUAUAGUUAUCAAUGAUAAAAUCGAUAUUAUAAACGUAUGCUUAAAAUUAAAAGAUGAAGGUUUAAUCGCGAAACCGACACAGAAUCACGUAAUCAGAUUAAUGCCUCCGCUGAUUAUAACUGAAUCGCAAAUACGAGAAUCUAUGGAUAUUAUUUCCCGAGUAAUUAAUCAAUUCUCUAAAUGAUACAUAUAUACAUAUAUGUAUAUAUGUGUAUAGUAUACGUAUGUUUUAAAUUUAUAUAUAUAUUUAGUAAAUAAUUAUAUAUAUGCUUUAAAUUUUAAUAAAUCGUUUUGAUGGACAUUA